GGGUGGUGUUCCUGCUGAUGUCCCAGGGUCUACCUCUCCCGGAACAGCCUCACGCUGAGUAUGUGUAGUCCUCCUUACCCCCUCCAAACACGCAUAAAUCGUUCGCCAUCUCCACCACAACCUCAUAAACAUGUCGGUAUGAUACUAUCAUUGCCAGGCCUCCCCUCAUUCCUGCCCCACACCCUCCCGCGAUCUACGACCUCGCCUUGUGGUAAUUGCCGCCUUUUCCUUCCUGCCAGAGCACACCUCCCCCAGAAACUCAUCCGAGAUAUUUGCUUUUGGUUGGAGGAAAUCACAUGCUAUAGGGAUACACAUACCCAUCACACACCCACCCCAGCCCCUACCUAGCUUUUCUUAAUGAUAUGAGACUGUACCAAUUAAAACCUGACUCUCGGACCUCAAUCUCAAAAAAAAAAUUGCCUAGCCACAUAGCUAGAGAGGUAAUGUAUAUCUACAACAGCUCAAAAUAUCUUUCAUCUCUCAACGACCUCUGUAUGAUAGUAUAUUUUAUAUGCAAAAAUUUAUGAAAUCAA